AGACAUUUCCCAAGCACCACGCUGUGCCAGCCCGGGUCCCAGACGCUGGAGAUACUGUGGAGAAAAGAAUGUGGCCGCUGUCCUCGGCGGUCUCGGAGGGAGACGCGGACUUGAGAAGCCCGGUUCUGGAGCAGGACAAGAUGUGCAAUGAUUUGUGCCGAAGCCCAGAGAGUCUGGCAGAAGCUGGGUGAUGUGCAGGAAAUAUUUCACAAGAGGCAAGUGAGUCUCCUGAAACUGGCAGCCAAACAGACUCGCCCAGUGCAGCCGGUGGCCCCCCAUCCUGAGUCCUCCCCAAAGUGGGUGUCACCGAAAGCCAGCCAGCGCUCUGCCUUGGCUCCUGCUCAGAAAACCCCCGAGGAACCUUACACAGAGACAGCUUCGCACGCCAUUGAAAAGGAAGAGGCCGAGACUGAAGCUGAAGUCAAGAAUGAAGACGCGCUUGGAAGUGGUCCCAGCAGGGAGAACCCUGAGGUGGAGCGGAGUGAUUCCGAGGAAGGCCUCCCCCCUGCCAGGCGCAUUAUCCGCGACUUGCUUGAGACCGAAGAGAUUUAUAUUAAAGAAAUUAAGAGCAUAAUUGAUGGGUAUAUCACUCCAAUGGAUUUUAUCUGGCUAAAGCAUCUGAUUCCAGAUGUUCUUCAGAAUAACAAGGAUCUCCUGUUUGGGAACAUUGCAGAGCUCUAUGAAUUUCACCACAGGACUUUUCUUAAAGAGUUGGAAAAGUGCGCUGAAAACCCAGAAGCCCUGGCGCAUUGUUUUCUCAAGCAAAAAGAAGAUCUUCAGAUAUAUUUCAAAUACCAUGAGAACCUGCCCCGAGCUAAGGCGAUCUGGGAAGAGUGUCAAGACUGUGCCUACUUUGGGGUGUGCCAACGCCAACUGGAUCACAGCCUUCCUCUUUUCAAGUACCUCAGAAGACCGAGCCAGAGACUCAGAAAAUACCAGACGCUGCUGAAGAGUCUGCUGGAUCUAGAGCCUGCUGAAGAUUUGGAGAUAGACACGGGUGACUUGGAUGGAAGCCACACUGAGAAUGGGCCAAAGAGGACCAAGGACUCCGCAUUUUCAGCUGAGCUACAGCGAGCCCUGGAGGUGGUAGAGGCUCUGAUCCAGUCCUGCGAGUUGGCGCUGGGCCUCGCCGCGGUCGCCGGGUGUCCGGCCGACAUUGGAAACCUGGGCCAGCUCUUGCUGCACGGCCCUUUCAGCGUCUGGACAGUUCACAAGGAGCGUUACAAAAUGAAGGACUUCAUGCGAUUUAAGCCCAGCCAGAGGCGGAUCUACCUAUUUGAAAGGGGUCUCGUGUUCUGUAAGGUCCGAAUGGAGCCCGGCGGCCAGGGGCUCCCUGCUCAGUACAGCUUCAAGAAGUGUCUGAAGUUGACGACACUUUUAAUUCGCCAACUUGGAAGGGGAAGCAGCAAAAAAUUUGAAAUUGCCAACAAAAAUGGAUUGGAGAAAUACAUCCUACAGGCAGCUUCAAAGGAAAUCCGAGAUUGUUGGUUUUCAGAACUAAGUAAAUUAUUGAUGACACAGCAGGACAGUGUUAAAGAGAAGGUCCACUGAAGAAGGGGUACCAAAUGGACCAGACCGCCUGGAUGACGUGGUGGCCAGCCAGCUUCCUCCUCGGCACCCCAGUGCCUGCACCGGGGCUCGCACACGGAGAGGCCGUGGUAGCAGAACCAGGCCUAGGCCUGGGCUUUUGCCAUCAAGACUGAGUGAGCUGCCCCCACCGGUGAAUACCCAGCCUCCCGCAGAGAUCAGUGGUGAACUCCAGUUUGGUCCUGUCACUUGAGGAGACAGUUGAUUCCAACAGGCCUCUCCAGACUAGGGAGUACAGUGUGAUCAAUCACACGACAUUGCUUUCACCGGUGGCAAAAGAGGAAGGGCUGUGGACAGAUGGCCGCAGGGCCCACUGGUCCCACGCUCCACUCAGAGCUGCCAGCCUGCCGGGCAGUGCAUGGCCUCUUGAGCGGGGGCAGAGCGGCAGUCACUGUGGAGGUGCCAUUGGGAGGGCGGGUGCUGUCCUGCAGGGCACCGAAGGCCAUGGGCUGGGGGUCUGUCCUGCAGGGCACCGAGGGCCAUGGCAGCAGGCAGUGUGUGUCUAUCUGGGGACCAAGAAGUCGAGCAACUGUGGCCUUGGUCAUCAUCAGUGAGCAAAUAAUUGAAUGCUUAGGGGUGAUUCUCUUGGCCAAAGACAGGUCUGCGGAUGAAAUAGACACUUCAGCUACGGAUCAGUCUAGAUAUCUGUCCUACACUGUCAGCUACCCAGCAAAUACCCUGACCCAGCCUGGUACCC